GGUCGAGGCCGGGCGCGCGGCCCCGCGGCGUCCGCCGCUCAGCUGCCCUGCGCGGUGAAGGGAGGGAACCCGGAAGUCGCCCGCGCUGUUGGCUUUCAGAGCCGUUCUGGGAGGGCGGGGCCCUGUGAGGGCAGCGAGCCCACGGUGGGUAAGGAGGGACUGCUGCUGAGGGACCCGCACCCUUGCCCCGCCCAGGGAGGGAAGCGAGUUUGGCCAGCCCGCGGGUGAAAGCGCGGUUCACCAGUCCCAAAGGGAAGGACGGGAUGGACGGGCCCCUAACUCCCAGGGAGUCCGCAAAAGUCAUUGCAGAGAAUAGUCGGGAUGUGUUCAUCGACGACGGAGGCGUGCGGAGGGUGGCCGAGCUGCUGCUCGCCAAGGUCUCGGGGCCCGAGCUGCACCUGGGGGGCUGGAAGGCCCUUCACGAGCUGAAUCCCAGGGCGGCUGACGAGGCCGCGGUCAACUGGGUGUUCGUGACAGACACGCUCAACUUCUCCUUCUGGUCGGAGCACGACGAGCACAAAUGUCUAGUGGGGUACAGGGGGAAAACGUACAGCGGGUACUGGUCCCUGUGCGCCGCGGUCAACAGAGCCCUCGACGAAGGGAUACCUAUAACCAGUGCUUCCUACUAUGCCACAGUGACCCUGGAUCAGGUUCAGUAUAUAUUCCGUUCUGACACGGACGUUCCCAUGCCUUUGAUCGAAGAGAGGCAUCGGAUUCUUAAUGAAACCGGGAAAAUUCUGCUUGAGAAGUUCGAAGGCUCUUUUCUGAAUUGCGUACGAAAAAGUGAAAAAAGUGCACAGAAGUUAAUGCACCUGGUAGUUGAAAGCUUUCCUUCUUACAGAGAUGUGACUCAGUUUGAGGGGAAAAGAAUUUCUUUUUACAAACGGGCCCAAAUCCUCGUGGCAGAUACGUGGAGUGUGUUAGAGGGGAAAGGAGACGGCUGCUUUAAAGACAUCUCCAGUAUCACCAUGUUUGCCGACUAUAGAUUACCUCAGGUUCUUGUUCACCUCGGAGCGCUGAACUACUCCAAGGAACUACUGGAAAAGCUUCUCAAAGCCUGGGCACCAACCAACUCAAACCCAGCUGUAGGCUCCAAAGGGUCUCCUCAGCAAGAUUGUGUCUCUCUGGACAGCGGUUUCUCGUUUCAGCUAUUAAAGGCAAAGGAUCCUGUGGGCAAAGCAUCCCCUGAUGGGAACAAAACCUACCCCCUCAAGCAAUGACAACUGCCCUGAGCCAGCAAGAUCCCAUGUGAUUGACCCCAAGAAAUGGUGGAUUAGAUUUUCACUGCCCACCUGCACAUAUCCUACCACUUUUGCUGCACAUAUUCCUUAUAUCAACUUGGAAGCAUUUUCAGCACCUUGGGGACAGUCUUUGAGAUGCUAGUCCGCUAUCUUUCCGGUGUUGGCCUCACUGAAAUAAAUUCCUUUCCUGUUUCACCCCUACUUGUCUCUCUGCCUUCAGAUUUUGUCAGCGGCCAGUGGCCGAACUGGUCUGUUUGGGACCCCUGGAGCCAGGUGCUUCCUGAAAAUAGCAUGGUCCUGCAAAAACUUUUGUAAGCCAAAUGGUGUGAAGUGAAGAAGCAACUACCAUUAAAUUUUAUGGAAAAAUUUGACCAUUCCCAAACCCCAAAAAUGACCUGUUGUAAUUCCUCUCUGAUACCUUAGGACACAUCUUGUUAACAAAUGCACAAAAUAAAUCAAGAUAAAGCACAGAUGCUCACAGACACACUCAAAACUAUGGCGGCUUGAUGCCCAGGUGCUAAGUGUGGUUUCCCUGAAGGCGACUCUCUUCUCCCGGGGUGCCCACUGCCUCUGUAAGGGUUGGUUGCAAAAUAAACGCUGAACCUUAUUUUGGCUUUCACCUUUUAUCAUAAAAUCGAAAAUCCUCUUUGGAUUUCUUCCAUUUAGCAAAAAGAGAUAGUAAUGUAAGUUUUUCAGCCAAGAGGCAUAGUGUGAACUUUUGAAAAGCAGGGGAUACCUGUAAUUCAAUUUAAUAACUAAGUAGCUUUUUUCCCCCACCUUCAUUCCUAAGUUUCAUGAGAGAAGGGAUGCUUUUUGAAAGUUACUUAAAAAAAAAGAAGAAGAAACAUCUCUUGGAAGAAAAUGCUUGGAUUGUGCUACUAAAAAUGGGGGGGCAUUAAGGCAUUUAAAACUAGAUUGGAAAAGUUAAACAUAGAAUUAUCAUAUGACCUGGCAAUCCCAUUCCUAAGUCUAUACCAAAAGAACUGAGAACAGAUACUAAACAAAUACUGGUACGUGAAAGUUCCUAACAGCAUUAUUCAUAUUAGCCAAAAAGUGGAAAC